AUGACGGUGUAUGACUGGGAAGAUGAUAGGGAAUACGUUAGUGGGGGUGGUCGUGGCAGACAAGGGUUACGGCUUAGGUUUCCCGUCCCCGAGAGUGUCUGGAUAGUAGGAAGCGCAGUUCGAUGUGGUCAUGUGGGCGGCAAACCCAACCUCUCUUUCCCUUCUCCCAUUUCGGCAAAUCGUCGAACACAUAGAGGCUUGAACCUCGGGCUAAGAGCAUCGCUCUUUGACUAUCCUCUUGCUAGCAGAAUCUUCGUUACGAAUUUGCCAUAUUCUACCAAAGAAAGCCGUUUGCAGAAGGAAUUUGCCAAUUUUGGCGAAACAGCUGAAGUUAAGCUUGUCAAGGAUGAAUUCACAAAAAGAUCAAAAGGAUAUGCAUUUAUUCAAUACACUUCUCAGGAUGAGGCUAUGGUCGGCGUAGAGAACAUGGAUCAACAGGUAUUUGAUGGCAGGAUGAUAUAUGUCGAAAUAGCAAAACCUGGAAAAGACCGGUUCAGAGGAUAUCCUAAAACAUCAGGACCCCCUAGUGCUACACCGCAGUUACAACAACCGAACGAUGUGGCAGACUGCUGGUACUAAACACAUCCACCUUAUAUGAAA